AUGACCACACUUACUUUAAAGCAUUACUCCCAUGAUGAAUCCGCUAAACUGUUUCAUCUUGCCACAUCACAAGGGUAUUUUGAUCAACGUUCACCUACUUUGAAUACAGGGGAUCCCACAAAAAAGAUGGAGGAAAUUCGCAACUAUGUACACAACACUAUGAGCCUAUAUGAGAAAGUUUUUGAAUGUGUGGCUACAGAGGAAGCUUUUUUCGUUAAACCCAUUCACAAACUUCGUCAUCCAUUAAUUUUUUAUUAUGGACAUACUGCUUGUUUUUAUAUAAACAAGUUAUGCGCAGCUGGAAUUUCAAAACGAAUAGAUCCAAGAUUGGAAGAAAUGUUUGCUGUGGGUGUUGAUGAAAUGAGUUGGGAUGAUCUGAACGAAGAACAUUACGACUGGCCUUCUGUAAAUCAAGUGACAGAGUACCGACGGGCUGUACGUAAACAUCUUGAUGAAAUGUUAACAAGCGGAGAGUACAAGUUAAAAUUACCUUUAACUUUUGAAAACAGUACUGCUGAUUUGGAUAACUCAUUCUGGUGGGUAAUGCUAAUGGGUGCUGAACACGAGCGUAUUCAUAUUGAAACUGCAUCUGUUCACGUGCGUGAGCUUCCAAUAAAGUAUGUCAAACCCUCCAUGGCUCUUUUCUGGAAACGUUGUGAAGAAGUUAACCCCAGUGCCCCAAUAAAUGAAUUAAUUGAAGUUGUUGGAGGUAAGGUACAUUUGGGACGUCGACCAGAUUCUGAAUUAUAUGGGUGGGACUGUGAUUACUCAAACGGCAAUUACGUUAUUGAUGUUCCUUCUUUUAAGGCAAGUAAAUAUUUGGUUUCUAACGCAGAAUUUUUUGCCUUUAUGAAAGCUGAUGGAUACAAUACACAACGUUAUUGGGAUGAAGAAGGUUGGAAAUGGGUACAAUGGAAGAAACCACUACAUCCUUGGUUUUGGGUAAUUGAUGAAUCUCGUCCUGACGGUUAUGCCCUUCGCUUACAAACAGAAUUAAUUGACUUACCUUGGAAUUGGCCUUGUGAGCUAAAUAAUCUUGAGGCUCAUGCUUUCUGCAAAUUCAAAGGUGAACAAAUGGGAAAAAAUAUUCGUAUGUUAACUGAAGCAGAAUGGUUACUUCUUUGGGAUCGUUAUGUGGGAAAAGAUCAGCCGGCAUGGAAUGUCGCACCAGGUAACCUUAAUCUUGAACACUACAAGAGUUCUUGUCCUGUAAAUAAAUUUCAUCAUGGACCAUUCUUUGAUAUUGUGGGUAACGUUUGGCAACAUUGUGAGACUCGUGUUUAUCCCUAUCCUGGAUACAAUGUUCAUCCAUUUUAUGAUGAUUUUUCUAUGCCAACUUUUGAUGGUCGUCAUGCAUGCAUGAAGGGAGGAACUUGGAUAAGCACUGGAAAUGAAGCCACUCGUGAUGCUCGUUUUGCAUUUCUACGUCAUUUUUUUCAAUAUAUUGGUUUACGCUAUGUAGAGGGAGAACCAGUAAAUGAAAUGCAACACUGCCAAAGUGUUUUGGGACUUGAUCCAGAAGUGGAUGUUCUCACAGAUGCAAACUUCCGUGAGUCAUUCAAGGGUAUUCCUAAUGGUUGUGUUAAGAUUGCCGAAUAUGUAAUGAAACAAUUUAAAACUUAUGCCAAGACUGAACCAAAACGUGCACUUGACUUUGCUUGUGGUGCUGGUCGAAUUUCUUUUGAGCUGACCAAACUAUUUGAUGAUGUUCUUGGAUCUGAUUUUACAGCCAGACGGCUUAUGCCUGCAUACGCUAUAAAAGAACGAGGUAAGUGCACAUACAGUGUGUUCGAUCCCUCUAAACAUGAACGUGUGGCAUGUGAAAUUCAGUCUUCCAAUUACUCUUGGGACAACACACGUGAGAAUGCCCGGUUUUUUCAAGCCGAUCCCACGAACCUUCACGCUCACAUGAAGGACUUUUCUUUGAUCCUCUGCUGGAACACAUUGGAAAAAAGUUAUAAUCCUACUGCCAUUCCACCACAUUUGUUGGGACGGCUAAACAAGGGAGGUCUUCUUGUCAUUGGCAGUCGCUUCGCGUUGAGUGAUCUCAACACGUCCGAAGAAAAGCCAAAAGACGAAGAUUCUCCACAGUAUGAGGGACUGACAGAAGAGGAAUUAUUCAAUUUGUUGGGCGCCGAAGUGACUGUGGAACGUGUUGGGGAGCCACUGAAAGUGAAAGUGGUAUUCCUAGAGUUGGAUGGUGUGGCAAAGUUGAAGAGUGUGCAACUUGUAACGUACAGAAAGAAAUGA